CUGCGGCGGAACUACACAUCUUCCUCUAAACAACAAUCGCAGCCUCAUGAACCAACAUCCUCCCCUCUCCCCUCUGACACACCUCAAGCAAGCACCACCAUGCAUUACUACUGAAUCACUGCAAAAACCAAAAUGGUCAAUCUAACCACCACCGAGCCCAUCCUCGCCGCCUACGAGGCCAUCCCCGCCUCCGCCCGCCACACCCUCGCCCUCCCCUCCGCGCUCCAGCUCGCCGACCCCAUCUCCCACGCCCAGUUGAUCCAAGUAGCAAGAUACUUCCGGACGAAUCCGCCCCCUGCUUCUCAAGAUGCUUCCUCGAAUGCAAACGCCCACCCAGAAUCCGACCCCCGGCGCAACCGAACCCUGAACACCCUCCUCCGCGGCUCGAAGGUCCACGUCCCUCCGCCGCCGCCCAAACCUGAGCCGACAAAAGAAUACCUCGCCCACAAAGCGCGCCUCCUCGCCGCCGCCGAAGCAGACGCCUACAACCGCAUGACCGGCGCCAACCCCCACCCCCUUCAUCCGUCCUUCUCCUCCACACCCGGACCCAUCAACCCGAUCUUCACAUCCAGCACGCCCCUCCUCUCUGCAUUACACGAGAAACAUGCCCCACCGGAGAAAGAGACGAUCACCCCCUCGCUGGUCCUGAAUGUCUUCCUGUCGGUGUUGAUCACCGGGUUCAGUGUGUUCUGGGCCCUGCAUGUUUGGGCCCCGGCUGCCAGUAGUGGGAUCGGGGCCGGGGGCAAGGUGUUGGCGGCGAUGGGAGCGGCGCUGGGGGUGGGCGCGGUCGAGGCGGGGAUUUAUGCGAUUUACCUCCGGAAGGUGCGCGUGGCGAGGGGGAGGGAACGGCGGGUGCGGGAGGUGAAGGUUGUGGUGGGGAGGGAGGAGGUUGGGGGUGGUGGUAAGGAUGGUAAGGGUGGUGAGGGGGAUGGGGACGAUGUUGCUGCUGCUGCUGCUGGUACGGGAGUCAAGGAGGAGAUUUGGGGGAGAGGGGUGAAUGGUGGGGUGAGGAGGAGGGUGAGGGAAAGGUGGGAGGGGAAGGAGAAGGAGAUGGAUAUGGAUAAACAGCAUGCAAAGGCGUAG